AUCAACGGAUGUCUUACAUCGCUUACUUCAAGGUUAUUUUAGAGGAAAAGUGAAAGAAGCAGUUGUUGAGUAUCCUGACACACAGCGUGGACAAAAUGCUGCGAUCAAUCUCAACGGAAGUCUUAAAAAGUGUUUCUAAAUGGGGAAGCAAAAACAAUUUGAAGAAUUCUGCCAGAAUUUUGUCCCCAAAAAGUAGCUACAGCACCGAAGCUGAUGAUGACGAUGAUAGUUUGUCGUUUUCGCAAACAGUAGACAAAUUUUAUGACAGGGCGUCGUCUCUAAUAGAGACCGAUUUGGCAAAAGGCAUGAGAAGUCGAGCUUCGAUGGAUGACAAGAUUAAAAAGGUAAAGGGUAUACUGAAGAUUAUUAAACCAGCAAACCACAUGAUCGAAAUCACCUUUCCAUUGAAACGCGACAAUGGCGAGUAUGAAAUCAUUGAAGCUUGGAGAGCACAGCAUAGCCAGCAUCGCACACCUUGCAAAGGAGGUAUUAGGUACAGUAUGGAUGUGUGUGAGGAUGAGGUAAAGGCAUUAGCUGCCUUGAUGACCUACAAAUGUGCAGUGGUUGAUGUUCCUUUUGGUGGAGCCAAGGCUGGAGUCAAAAUCAACCCUGCCAACUAUUCUGAGAAAGAGCUGGAGAAAAUUACCAGGAGACUAGCUGUUGAACUUGCCAAGAAAGGAUUUAUAGGUCCAGGUAUUGAUGUUCCUGCUCCAGACAUGGGAACAGGAGAGAGGGAGAUGAGCUGGAUUGCGGACACAUACGCUAACACUCUCGGUUACAAUGAUAUAAAUGCAAAUGCCUGUAUCACAGGAAAGCCAAUUACUCAAGGAGGAAUUCAUGGACGCAUUUCAGCAACUGGUCGAGGUGUGUUUCAUGGAAUAGAGAACUUCAUCAAUGAGGCCAGCUAUAUGAGCAUGAUUGGACUGAUGCCAGGGUUUGGCGAUAAGACAUUUAUUGUUCAGGGAUUUGGUAAUGUAGGACUUCACAGCAUGAGGUACCUCCACAGAGCUGGUGCUAAGUGUGUAGGAGUAAAGGAGAUAGAUGCUAGCAUAUAUAAUCCAGAAGGAAUAGAUCCUAAGGAACUGGAGGACUACAAACUGGAAAAUGGCACCAUCAAAGGAUUUCCCAAAGCUAAGCCAUAUGAGGAUGAUCUGUUGUUAGCGGAUUGUGAUAUACUGGUUCCUGCUGCUAGUGAAAGACAGUUGACAAAGGAGAAUGCACAUCUAGUUAAGGCCAAGAUUAUUGCUGAAGGUGCUAAUGGUCCUACCACAAUGGGAGCAGACAAGAUCUUCCUAGAGAGGAAAAUCCUGGUCAUCCCGGAUCUGUAUAUCAAUGCUGGUGGUGUGACUGUCUCGUAUUUCGAGUGGCUUAAAAAUCUGAAUCAUGUCAGUUAUGGACGUCUGACCUUUAAGUAUGAGAGAGAUUCCAAUUACCAUCUGCUGGAAAGCGUACAACAAUCCCUUGAGAGAAAGUUUGGUGGAGGCAAGAAAGACACUGUUCCCAUUGUACCGUCCCGAGAAUUCCAGGAUAGGAUAGCUGGGGCCUCGGAGAAGGACAUUGUACACUCAGGACUCGAGUACUCGAUGCAGAGAUCUGCCAGGAAUAUUAUGGACUCUGCCAUGACCUACAACCUUGGUCUGGAUUUACGGACUGCCGCCUACAUUACCUCCAUUAAAAAGAUAUUCAAAGUUUAUGAGGAAGCUGGUCUCACCUUUACUUAGAUAAAAUUUUAUUUAAGAUGGCAUUACAACAAAACUCAGUCUUCAUACAGAGCUUUCAUUGAUAAGAUUUGCGUUUUGCACAGAUUUGUUUUAUCUUAUGGUUGUUGAUCCCUUGUACAUGUUUGUUAAUUAUCAUGCGAUUUUAGCAAAAGAGAAAUCAGAUUAUAAUGUAAGAAUGGAGGAACUUUUAGUGCCGUCAUUUUUUCUUCUCUUAUUUGUAGCAUGCUAGAUACAUGUAGAGUACUUGGUUUUAUAUUAUAUGCCAUUAUGCAUUUUUAUUUUAUGAUAAUUAUUGUAAUUCUUUAGUAUAUACAAUACCUGCUAGCUAUAAACUAUGUAAUGUUAGUAUAUGUAUAACUAAUUUUCCAGAUCACAAAAUAUAUCUUUAACAUUGAAUUGCUUGUACAUGUAUUGAUGAAUUAUAUAUAUACAGUAUCUCUAUAUAUAAAUUUAUUGUUGAUCAAAUUAUUCUUAAGAUUAAUAUAUUGGAAUGAGUUUAGAUGAUUGCUAGACUAAACUGUAAACCUUGUUUUAUUGAAGAUCAAAUGAGUAAAAAAGAAAAUUAAGACAUGAGCAAGAUCUUCUUUGGUAUUUUUUAAUAUCAAUUUUGUUGAGUUUUUAGUGUAAAUUUGAAGAAUUCACUAAAUAUAAUUUUACACUUCUUGUUAUGGUAUGUAAUAGGAAGGUUUCAGACCAAGUGAAAUUUGGUUUUAAUCCUAGGUUUUGUAAAUUGGGCCCUGACAUAUAUUAAGCCCUAUAUUGUUUUACAUUCAGGAUCACGUUAUGCUGAAUUUUAUAGCAUUGGACUAGUUAGUACUAGUGUAAAAGUAGAAUUUACAUUUUCUUAGAGAGGAGACUUUUUUUUGUAUAGGUCAGGUUAUUUUGUUGGUGGAAAAUGCUGGUAUGAUUAUUAAAACAAAGGAACCAGAAAAUGAUUCACACUGGUCAUGUGACAAGCAAUAUAUUAAUACUCAUUUAUAUGAAAAAUUGAAGAAACAGCAAAGGCAGCUGACUAACAAAUUGUCCAUCACAUUAGUUUAUAGCAUUAGUCUGUGAGAUCUGGUUUUGGAUAACAAUCUCUUUCUCCAACAUUUUUACAAGUACAUUUAUGCAAGUAAAAAUCCAGACUUCUUUUGAGCAAAUGAUGUUUAAAUGUUGGUUUUCAUCAAUAAGUUUCGUUUCAUUUUACAUUUUUUUCUUCUUAUUUUGCACUAACUAAUGCUUAGCCUGUGUACUGUGAAAACACAAUUGUUGUGUUGCAUUUUUAUUUACUAAAAUGUGAUAUGUUCCCUCAGCACAUCCAAAUUAAAACAGAGUUUUAUUAAAGUAUUUGUGUGUGUAAGAUUAUUUCAUUGAAUUUUAUAGCUGUUGCUUAAGACAGUAGGAGUGGGCCAGUUCCAGGUGAUAUUUUCCACUGAUAGAUUUUGAUAUAAAAUAAAAAGCUGUAUAAUAUAAAACAA